AUCUCCAACCCAGCUCUCAAACCACCUUUCACUCCUCUCUCUCUCUCUCUCUCUCUCUCUCUCUCUCUCUCUCUCUCCUCUCCUUCUCUCUCCAAAAAUGUCCGGCGUCUGGGUGUUCAAGAACGGCGUGCUCAAGCUCGACGAUCAGAGCUCGAACCAGCGCAGAAGAGUCCUGGUCCACACCCCUACAAACGAAGUCAUAACUUGCUACUCGGACCUCGAGAGAAUGCUCACCUCGCUCGGCUGGGAGCGCUACUACGACGACCCGGACCUCCUCCAGUUCCACAAGCGCUCCACGGUUCACCUCAUCUCUCUCCCCAGGGACUUCACCAGGUUCAGGUCCGUGCACAUGUACGACAUCGUCGUAAAAAACAAAAACCUCUUCGAAGUCAGGGAUGUGUAGCCCCCGACCCGCGGGGGUACGCGGUUGGUGACACAACAACCGCUGUCAACUUUCAGCUUUCAGUUUUCAGUUUUCUGGUCUCUUUUACUCGUUCUUUGAGUUUCAGUUCCCGGUAGAUGGUGGAAAAAAUUCUACGAACUCCGAUUUUCUUUUUUUUAACCGAAAUAUGCACCGAAUGUAGUGCACAUUCGGUGCAGUUUUCGGUUAAAUAUGACGAUCCGGGGUUUUUAGACUUAGGUUGGAAUGUGUGCAUUGUAUGUAUAAAGUCAUGUCAUGUUUAGUUGUUUCUCUUUUUAUUUUUGUGAUGUGAUUUUUAGUUUCAUUUAGGUGAAGUUUGUGACAAAGGUAGGAAGUUGAUGUGUUAAGGGAGUGUUUGGUGUCAAAUGUUCUGUAAACUACAUGGUGAUUGUUUCUACUUUCUAAUGAAAGUUGGGUUUCUAGUGUGUUUGAUUUUAUAA